GUGGUGGAAUCGAUCUCUGCGGGGUGCGAAGUCGAGGGCAUAAAACGCUCGCGUCCUCUGCUUCGCCACCUCUUGUUCCCCUUUUGUUCCCAGAUCUCCCUAAUUUUCUCUUGCGAGUUCGAUCGAUCGAUCUGCGGAGGCGGCAUGGCCGAGCAGCUCACCGACGACCAGAUCGCAGAGUUCAAGGAGGCCUUCAGCUUGUUCGACAAGGACGGCGAUGGCUGUAUCACAACUAAGGAGCUUGGAACUGUGAUGCGUUCUUUGGGUCAGAACCCUACUGAAGCAGAACUACAAGACAUGAUAAAUGAGGUUGAUGCUGAUGGCAAUGGUACAAUCGACUUUCCCGAGUUUCUUAACUUGAUGGCUCGCAAGAUGAAGGAUACAGAUUCAGAGGAGGAGCUGAAGGAGGCCUUCAGAGUGUUCGACAAGGAUCAGAAUGGCUUCAUCUCUGCUGCUGAACUUCGUCACGUCAUGACCAACCUCGGCGAGAAGCUUACAGACGAGGAAGUUGAUGAAAUGAUCCGUGAGGCCGAUGUUGAUGGUGAUGGUCAAAUCAACUAUGAGGAGUUUGUGAAAGUGAUGAUGGCGAAGCACAUGAGAAGAGAGGCGGGCCGCGACAUCUUCCUCUUCUUCUUGUGCUUGCACAACUCAGGGGAGGAGGAAAGGAGAAAGAUGGACGGGCAAGAGAAGAAGAUGAAGGUUCUCUGCCUCCAUGGCUUUCGAACCAGUGGGAGCUUCUUGCGCAAACAAAUCAGCAAGUGGGAUCCUUCCAUCUUCCACCACUUCCACUUGGACUUUCCGGAUGGUAUAUAUCCAGCAGGAGGGAAGUCGGACAUAGAAGGCAUAUUUCCACCACCAUACUUUGAGUGGUUCCAAUUCAACAAGGAAUUUACAGAAUACAAGAAUUUCGAGGAGUGUAUCUCUUAUCUGUGUGACUACAUCACAAAGAAUGGCCCUUUCCAUGGAUUGCUUGGCUUCUCUCAGGGUGCAACACUAUCAGCACUUUUGAUAGGCUAUCAAGCUCAGGGGAAGGUACUGAAGGACCACCCACCAAUAAAAUUUUUGGUGUCAAUAUCAGGUAGCAAGUUCAGAGACCCAAGCAUAUGUGACAUUGCUUACAAGGACCCCAUCAAGGUGAAAUCUGUGCACUUUAUUGGAGAGAAAGAUUGGCUGAAACUGCCUUCUGAGGAGCUUGCUGCUGCCUUUGACAACCCUUUGAUUCUGAGGCAUCCCCAGGGCCACACUGUCCCUAGACUCGAUGAGGCAGCUGCGAAACAGCUAUCGGAAUGGACUGCAAGCAUUUCCAGAAGUGAAUUCCCCUGCGGUACUUCUGUUCCGAAGAAUGUUGAAUGUGAAAUGAACAACAUCAAGCAUGAAGCGAUAGCUGAUCCAAAAUGCAUCGAAGCUCCAAGUGCAGCUUAGGUUUCACCACAUGAACUGGUAAGUAAAAUAAAGAAAAGAACAUGGUAUGACAUGCAACUGUUGUUUCUUUCUUUGAACAGCUACAUGAACUUUGUAAUCCUUCCACAUGAUGCAUUUUGCUGAAUCCAGAGUUCCCUUAUCAGUCACAGAACACUACUCAAUGAUUGUUAUAUUCACGAAUGUCGAUUGCAUAUAUUUCCCAUCUGUUGUUGUUUCUUACAAACAUUAUCAGGAUUUAAUCUUUC